AUGCCGUACCACUAUCUCGAGGAUACGGUACAAGCGGGUCUGAUUUUAGGCUUCACUCAUCUCUUACACGGUGUCCCUACAUAUGACCCCCCAAGUGCACACACCUCACUCCUUUCCCUUAGUUUCGUCUACUACUAUCGCGCCUCCAAAACGGAUCUUUUGCUCCCUUCGACUUUUUUCCGUUUGUCCGCUUGUCCACCAUUUCCUCCCUCUACUUCAGUCGAACCCACUUUGUCACACCCCUCUCGUUCCAUCUGUCAGUACCAUAGAUUUGCACCCAUCUCAUCCGCAUCACCAUGUUUCCCAGUCGUCCACUCCUCGUACCAUACCGUUGACUUUCUCCUUCCUGGCCUCACUCGAUCUCAGCUUGCCUGGUUGACCUGCGGCCAAAACGACGGCACUGCUUGGUCCUCUGCCUGCUGCUUUAUAACAUGCUUCGCCGACUUAUUUAUGUGCUCUACUCCAGUGCGUGUAAAUGGUACCGGAGAAAAAGGCGUGUGCACCACGGAGCUGGCCCAAACACAUUUUUUCCCCACCAGAGAGAGCCCUUGUCGUCACGGCCCAGGGAGCCCGCACUUUUCUCGCUCGACCGGCCGGCAGCGGAGUCUGAAAGACACGAUUCUGCCGUCCACCUCCACCCGUGCUGUUGCGGACGACCGACUUGUGGCUGUGGGCGCGGUUGUGGGUGCGGGUGUGGGUGCAGUUGUGGUUGCGAGGCUCAACCACUUGAGAUGGUCGGCUGCUUUUUCGGCCCACCUGCUCGCGCCUACCACACCAGACCUCGACAGGCCCGUGCAUGUAGGCCAGUCCAACGCCUCCCUCCCUCGCAGCAACACGUCAUCUGGCCUUUGA